AUGAAUCCCAUUUCCGUCGGACGAGUCAGCCUGGCUAACGUUACGAUUCGUGCGCGCCUUGUCCCCGUGAGAUCGAGAAAUCUGGCCAAGCACAUUGCCGUGUCGAGGGGCAGCUUCCACAGCUGUCCCGAUCUGUCAACGCUUCAGAUAUCCCCCUCAUCAUCCCUGCUGCUGCCACACCACGACGCCGCCGCCGCCGCCCCCAACGACUACGAGGCCUCUGUCAACCCUACCACCACCACCGCCCCAACUUCCCGUUCUCCUUCUCCCCAUAGUACUGCCAGUCUUCGCAACGGUCCUCGUACACUUGCAGCCACCAGAAAGCGGGUCUCCAAAAAGGCGCGCGGCGUCCUGGGUAAGGUUCGGGCCUUCCAGAGGAUCGCUGCGGCCAAGAUGGCGCAUCCCUCCAUCAAAAUCGACACGAGCGUCCAGUCUAUCAAGCGCGCUCUCCCCGAGGAUACUGAGGCAGGUUUGGAAAUUGCAUACGGCUCCGAUGACGCUCCAGCGUUGGACGCUGGCGAUCAUGAUUCCGUGCCGCCGUUCCUUUGUCAGUCGGUCCUAGAAAUUCAUCACAAAUUCGAAGAACUUGAAUGGAUGCAACGGACGCGGCUUCUGGAGGGCACGCAGGCCAACGACCCCUCACACCGAUGGGCGCUAGAGGCAGAUCCGGAAGUUCGAGCAAGGAACCGAUAUAUGAACGUCCAGGCAUGGGCCAACUCCCGCAUUCACUUGCGCGUCCCAGAAGGUGAAUGCGACUUCAUCAACGCGUCGCCGAUCGUUCUUCAGGAUUCAGUGUCGCAGCAGGCGAGGAGGUAUAUUGCGACCCAGGGCCCGAAGCUUGGCCAUGUCGCCCAUUUUUGGCAGAUGGUGUUCCAUGAGAGCAAGGACGUCGGAGUAGUCGUCAUGCUCACGCAGACCUUCGAGUCCGGGCGCGAGAAGUGCUCGCAGUAUUUCCCUCUCAACAGUGAAAGCCCUUCCAUGCCUCUGCGGCAAGUCGAGUCCGACCAGUACGCAAGCGACGACGAUCACAGCAGCGGCGAACUUUUGGGGGAAGUCACACUUUUGGAGACCUCGUGGGAUCCCGCGUCGCGGUCUGAAAUUCGAAAGCUUCAGCUCACCUUCGGCGGCGAGUCCAAGACCGUGUGGCACUUCUUAUUCGCUGGCUGGGCCGAUUACUCCAAACCCGAGGGCGAAGAUCGGGAUGCGCUGUUGCAGCUGAUCAAGCUGUCCGACUCGAAGAGCGCGCUGGACAAUCCACGCAUCGUGCACUGCAGCGCCGGCGUAGGUCGCACCGGCACCUUCAUCGCGCUCGACCACCUGCUGCAGGAGCUCGAAUCGGGCCAGCUGCUGGAGGCCGUGGACCCGGAGAUCGACCCCGUCUUCGAGACGGUCAACCAGAUGCGCGAGCAGCGAAUGAUGAUGGUCUACAAUGAGAUGCAGCUGCAGUUUAUAUACGAGGUCCUGCGCGAGCAGACCGAUCUAAAAUUGGGCAAGGCUCCCGGGCGCAAGUCGGACGAGCGGUCCACCAAGAUGGCCAAGUUGUCCAACGAGGCCAACCACCUCGCCAACUACCACGUUUCCUCCAAACCGGAGUUGGAGCCGUCAACACCGACGCGUAGCUGGUCGGGGACACCGGAGGUGUCUGAUAAUGAAUGA